UAAUUGUUUCUUCCACAGUCCGCAUUGUUUGUGCACCAUUUCAGCGUACACAUCUCAAUUUUUUCGAUAUCGUGGUUCGGAAGAAGGAAAAAACUGCUCUAUUCUAGUGGAAAAUAUAACCAAAAUCUGUUUGAUCGUUUGAUUUAAUGUGAAUUUGGAAGCCGUGAGAAACACAGUGACUGUGUGAACAUCUUUUUGCAACGUUUGCCGAAAGGCAAUCCCGUGAGAAAGUGUGCAAGUGGAAAUUUUGUUUGUGGUUUGAUUGGAAACUAAAUACAGCCUGUCUAUUUCAGUCUGAAGCAGAUUUCAAUAGUGUUUUUGAUUGGUGAAAUAUAAUUAGAGACGAACCAAGUGGAGUGUUUUGUUGAAAAAUCAGAAAAAAACAUCAAGGUUGGAGCUGAACCUAACCUGCAGUCUAUGCCAAGUUCAACAUCGCCAUCGACGAUCAACCGGACGUUCUGAAGGAAACGAAGAAAGCGCUCGAAAUCAGCCAGCAUGAGUCGAUCGUUACGCGGCUCCCGCUGUGCGUAGAGAUUUCCCUCCAAACCGUCGAGGGUGAUAAUAUGAUACUGGAGGUCUGGUCUCUCAGUGUGCAGAAAGACCAGUGCGAUUUGCAGCUCCGGGCGACACACGCCAUCUACAAUCGUAUGGGACUAUUGUUGAAGUCGCUGCUCUCCGUUACGCGCUCAACGCCCGCAUAUAAACUUUCCCGCCGGCAGAGUGCCGACUCGUACCAGAUUUUCUACCGAAUCUACAUCGGUGAACCGCAGACCCAUCAGUUGGGCGAUGGUCACAAACAGUUACGCGUCGGACAGUUGUGCACCCAGAUCGGAACGCUAACCAUGGCAGUAGCCUUUCGCACCAAGAUGACUAUCUCGCCCACACAAACCGGACGGGAUAACACCAUUAUGCUGAAAAGCGACCACUUCCUCAAGGAUAUCAGCCCAAAGCACAUCCGCUACAAUUACAACAAGAAAAAUGAAAAGAAGAUUAUCGACUUGGACAAACCAAUGCGGUGUGGAGCCUUUGUGGAUGCAUCCCGCGUGAAACAGUACACCGAGGAGGACUUUAUCUUGCCGGAGACGCCACCCUUUCACUGGUUGCUACCGAAGCCAAAGGACGACACAAUUUCGCUGAAGAGUGGCACCGACGAGGACCGGCAGUCAAUCAAUUCCCCGAUCGCAGAUGAAAACUCGUCGACUAAUGCUAACAACAACAAUACCGUCACCAACCUCAACAACGUUAACAACAACAGCAACAAGGGUUCUUUCGAAUCAGCGGGAGCGAUGAAUUUCCGGUUGUCACAGUCGCCGAAAAGUGGCGAGUCAAAUAUAAGUGCCGCUGCGACAAUAGCGACAACCGCCACCGCCACAACCAACCCUGCUACUGGAACCAAUUCGGGUUCGCCACCAGCUUCACUGACCGGGGAGUUCCGGAGGUCGUCACGGUGGUCGAUUCGACAGACCGGACCGGAAGACGAGCGGUUGCUUAAGGAAUUGCACUUUCCUUUCGCGGCCAGCAACUCACCGAUCGGCGACCUGGCCAAGUUCUACCGCGAGUGUUUCAAUGCGCCUCCACUGCAGGAGUUCAAUCAGCUGUCGAAUGUUAUUUCGAACGUCGAUGACGAAGAGGCCGCCAAUGCGGACGACGCUGGCCGGAUACUGACGGCCGCCGACGGUGCUGGCGACGAGGACGACGUCGACGAUUUGACGCGACAACUGGAGCAGUUCGAGACGUCCCUGCCGGAGUUCGAAACCUUGGUGACGUCCCUCUGCCAGACGGUGGACAGCAAUUCCAACAGUUAAGAAGGGAACGAUGCUGGACACUUGCGAGACUGAAGGUGAAGGCAAAGCCACCGUCGUGUGCAGUGGGCAGGGAUUAGGGGGAUGGGGUAUUGUUCCGGGGCGAAGUCUUUUGGCAGUUUUUCUUAGUCAUUUAAGGGAAAAGUCGACUGAUUGAUGAUAUUCAUCUAUACACCAAUGUUUAUUUGUUUGUUUUCUUAUUUGUUUCUUUUAGACUUAGGAAUGGUAGCGUAAACGUAGCCAUUAAGGAAGACAUUUAUUUCAGUUUUUUUUGGGAAAGGAUAAUUGUGUAUUAUAAACUAGCUGAUCAGGAACGUAGAUAGCAUCCUAGGACAUACAAGAAUUAAUUGCUGUACAUAAUUUGGAAGAGGGCCUUUUUUAAAAAACAAAAAUUGCUUAAUAGCAAAAGCAAACCUUACUCGGCAGGAUGUUUUAUAUGGAAGAGUAGUUGUAUGGUAGAAAGCAGAAAGCUACUUUAAAGUAAUACACAAUGUUGAAUGCAGAAAUAACAAAGUUCCUUACGUUUGUCACUUUUUUCGGUUCCAAACAAUUAGCAUACAUAUCCUCAGAGUAUUUAUGGGAUUUUAUUUUGGGCAAGAGGAUUGUUGUCUAAUUAUUUUAAAUUAUCCCGUAAGUGAAGCCAUUCUUAAAUUUUUUUUCCAAGUCAUAUUGGUAUCUAGAGCACGCUUGUCGGGCGAGAGCAAAACCGAUCAAUUGCAUUUCGGAAGCGUUCAUGCGACGAAAACUGGCAGAUAGAGUCUUCUUUCUUUGCCAUUUUGCGUCAAUUUGUCGAAUGCUGUUUUCUUUGUUUUGUUUAGAGAAUCAUUUUAAUCGUUUUUGCUCUUCUUUUGACGAAGCGUCAAAAGCUACUGUAAGUUUAUAUUUUAUGAUAAGAGAUGAUAUUUUUAUUCCCAUUUUUUCGUCUUACAAGGAAAUAGACCAUAGAUAUAAGCAAAGCUUUAUUGAAUAAUUUGCUACAUAAUCAACUGUUUAGCAUAAAAGUUUCAUUUUAGUUUUUCGUCUGCGUCGGUCGAAUAUUCAGCAAAAUCUAAGACAAUGAAAUCAAUCAGAGUUCAGCUUUUUUUUCCAAAUUUAAAUUUUUAUUUUUAGCAUUCUUUUUUAGAAGACUGAGUGGAACUAGUUUUGCUCUAACAUAUAUUAGUCAAAAUUGGCAAUCAAAACCAUUGGGUUACACGAUUUAAAAGACGCAAACCGAACGGUCUGAUACGAAGCGAAUACCGGUUUCCUUCGUUUAUAAAUUAAUCAAAAAAGUACAUAUUUAUUGAUGCCUAAAAAUCAGUGUUUAAUUAGAGUAUUGUUGCACUGUUAAUAAUCAAAGGUUUGAAAUUUAUUUUGACUAACGCUUGUCACCUAUUGAAUAAAUAUAAUUGGAGAAAAUCAAUCGAGAGUAAUAUCCAAAGUUGUUGCAUUGUAAAGAAGAGAGUAGAAGAAAACGAAAUAGUGCUUUAUAAUCACCAAUAAAAUUACGCAAAAAGGAAGCUGAAGUUUUUCAGUUUCCGAAUUCUUUGAAGCUAUGAACGCGCAUACCUAUAUGAUGAUAAUUCUAUCUAACUUCUCUCUCAGCCAUAAUCAGUCAGAAUCAUGAACAAAACGAUCGCGAAACCAUAGAUUUGUCUGUCGGAGGAAACUCCGACGAAUUCAUACGUGUCGAAAAAUAUGUUUACUUUUUGCUGCUAUUGUCACAUACACAAGUACCACAUAACAAACAUUUACGAAAAAAAAAACAAGAAUCAUUAUACCUUCCAAAAGAACUAAAAAACUAUUCAAAAAUAAACACAUCACUUUUUGGUUAAACAGA